AUGACCCAACCAGCGCCCAGAAGGGCUUUGGUAGAUCUGGACAAUAUCGAGUUCUACCGGCCCCAGUCCUUAAAAUCUCCACGGUCAGAAUCGGCUCUUCUUAUCCCGCCGAUUCUGCCACCCCUCUCUAUCCUCCCAGGUGGGACUGCCCGCAAAACCCUGCCUCGCGGCGAUGGCGCCCUGCCUUUUGACCAUCCUUAUGGGUUGGAUUCUUCAUGCAGUCCUGCGUCGCUCAAUACAUUUGACGUCGAUUUGGCCAGGUGCGCCAACGCAGCAUCGCUGGCGACAGGUUCCCAUACGGUCAACGAAUUCACGCAGGGACAAACCGGCAACGAGACCUUUGAUGCCUCCUCUUUCUCCCUGGCUUCGUCUCCCUCUCUCUCCAGCCUCCCAAAAACAACGGAUCUGCCUGGCCCCUUUGGAAAUACAACAAGUCGAGAGGGGAUUAGGGUCUCUACAGAACCCGACAGUCAUUUAUGCUUUCCAUCUCCGGACUUACAGGAGCGGGAUCAGCCCAGAGACAUACAGCCUUGCGGCUCACAUGACGAGCCCAGCGUAAGCCACGGGCGCUGUUCGAAUAUCCCGCACCACGAUAACCACAGCAUAAGUAUGUGCGGGAUUCCCCCGUCCCCCCAUAUAGCACAGAACGAUGUAGCCAACAAGCCUCUCGGGGAGCAAGAAAACGAUCGGGUUGCUUUGGGCGAUGGCCCACUGCAGCUGAAGCAAAAUAUCUCCAUGCCAGCCUUGAGUCAGGGGGACCCCCUUCUAAACGAUCAACGACUGCCUUCGAUCGGUGUGGUGGACUCUGGCCCAGAAUACCAACACCAUUCAGACUCAGGGAAGCCCCCAUCCACAAUCACAAAGCCGCCCCAGCGAAAGUCCUUCGAACUUGCCCAGGCACGGAUGGUUGGAGGGAGAAAUCGACCACGCCGCAACUGCCAACCGGGCUUUGAUGUUGUUCAGCGUGACCGCCAUCCUGACUACUCUGACCAGGAAGAGAGCCCGCGUCUCACGAAGAGACGCAAACGUGCAACUCGACAUGUGGGAACAUUGACCAGCCGUACAUCUUCUGGACCUUCCGGGAAGUUGCUUCGUAGCUCAGCGUCCGCGCAGUCAGCAAAGUCUUACGGCAGUCAAGAUAAUUUUCGGCAUGCCAUCCUUACUCCAAACUCAUCAAAUGAGCUCGGCGCACCGCAAUUUCGGUUCGCUCUUGACGAGCCGCGCCACCUGACGGCCCCUUCAUCCACGAGUGGGUCGAAAAAUAAACGAUAUCCACACACCAGUGAUAUUCACCCCCAUCGACGAGCGAGAAUGGGAAGCGGAGCAAAUCUUGGCGUCACGGAUCUGGAUGGGAAAGCUGCAAUAUCAGGCUCAGUGGAAAGGGUGUGA